CCUCUCAUAGCGUUGUUAGGGGACGGUAGGAAGAUGGCGGCGGCCCCGCUGUACUGUGUCUGCCGGCAGCCCUACGAUGUAAACCGGUUUAUGAUCGAGUGUGAUAUCUGUAAGGACUGGUUUCACGGCAGCUGUGUACAAGUAGAGGAACAUCAUGCUGUUGACAUUGAUCUUUAUCACUGUCCAAACUGUGAUGUCAUACAUGGACCCUCCUUAAUGAAAAAACGUAAUAACUGGCAUCGGCAUGAUUAUACUGAAGCUGAUGAUGGCACAAAACCAGUACAAGCUGGGACUUCAGUGUUCAUCAGGGAUCUUCAAGAACGACAAUUUCCAAGUGCUGAAGAAAUAAUUAUCAAGAUGCAGGGAAACCAGGUUACACAGCAAUAUCUUGAGAAACAAGGGUUCGCGUAUCCCAUCAUGGUGUCUAAGAUGGAUGGUCUUGGUCUGAAGUUGCCUUCCUCUUCUUUUUCUGUGAGAGAUGUGGAACACUAUGUUGGUGGUGAUAAAGUGAUUGAUGUCAUUGAUGUGGCCAGGCAAGCUGACAGCAAAAUGAAACUUCAUGACUUUGUUGAGUAUUAUUAUAGCUCAGAUCGGCCAAAAGUGUUAAAUGUCAUCAGCCUUGAAUUCUCAGACACCAGGAUGUCAGACUUGGUGGUUAUUCCUGAUAUUGCACAGAUGAUGUCCUGGGUAGAGAAUUAUUGGCCUGAUGACUCUGUCUUCCCUAAACCUUUUGUUCAGAAAUACUGCCUAAUGGGAGUGAAGGAUAGUUAUACUGACUUCCACAUUGACUUUGGGGGAACGUCUGUUUGGUACCAUGUACUAUGGGGUGAAAAGAUUUUUUACUUGAUAGAGCCAACCCAGGCAAACCUUGCACUAUAUGAGGCAUGGAGCUCAUCCCCGAAUCAAAGUGAAGUGUUUUUUGGGGAUAAGGUGGAUAAAUGUUACAAAUGUGUUGUGCGGCAGGGAACAACUCUUCUCAUUCCUACAGGAUGGAUACAUGCUGUUCUAACGUCUCAGGAUUGCAUGGCGUUUGGGGGUAAUUUUCUACAUAACCUUAAUAUAAGCAUGCAGCUCAGGUGUUAUGAGAUGGAGAGGAGACUAAAAACUCCAGAUCUAUUUAAAUUUCCUUACUUUGAGGCUAUCUGUUGGUAUGUUGCCAAAAAUUUGCUGGAAACCCUAAAAGAACUAAGAGAAGAUAAUUGCCAACCACCAGCCUAUUUGAUAGAGGGAUUAAAAGCUUUAACUACUGCACUGAAAUCAUGGCUAAAGAGAGAGAUAAAUGAACCUUACAGUGAAGUUCCAGACCAUAUCAGGCCUGGCCAUCUCAUCAAGGAGCUCACUAAAGAAAUCCGAUAUCAGGAGGAGGAUCACAAUGGAAACAAAGCAAUUAAAUCUCAGGGUACAGUUACAAGGUCAACACUGGAGAGAGGUUCUACUUCUCAAGCCCGACGAAAUGCUCGGCGGCUCAGAGACCAUGGAACUAAAACGCCUUCAAACCUUGACAUUUUGGAGUUGCACACACGUGAGGUGCUACGGAGGUUGGAGAUGGCCUCAUGGGAUGAGGUAGGCUCCACUGAAAUUAAUAUGGAGCAGGACAUCUUGUAUAAUUCAAGUAUAAAUGGCAAAUUUAACAAGAUCUUCCAGCCUUCAGCUUCUGAAAGAAAAAACAAUGACAAUAAUAUUCGUUUGGUUCUCUCCAAUGGAAAAAUUGUUAAAGAUGAGCGACAUCAGGUAGAAAACAAAAGCCUGUUUACUGCUGACCGCAUGCCUGUGGAUGUCAAGGAAAAGACGCAAGAGGUGCUGAAGAUUAAGGAUGAAGGGGAAGAUUUGGAAAUAGAGCUGGAGAAGAGGAAGAGUAAAACGAAAGAGAAACGAAAACCAUUGAACAUGUUUUUUGAAAGUGUUAAAUCAGAACUCAGGAAUGGAGUAUCGGGACACUCUGACUUGUCAGACUCAGAAGCAGAAUCCGAAGAUAAUUUCUUGCCUCAGCGGAAAAAUUCUUCUGAUGAAGACACCAACAGUUCGUCAGAGGAAGCUGAUGAGGAGGAAGUGUCCUCCAACAGGAAAAUCGAAAAGGAUCCAGGAGAUGAUAUGGAUCUGUACCAGCCUAAUCAGAAACACGAAGACCAAGAUAAACCACUGAAAAGAGAACGUCCUACCUCGCAAAGUAUGGAAGAAGAAGCUAUUCAGGGCAUGCUGUCUAUGGCAGGAUUGCUUUACCCCAUUGGUGCACCUAGCCAAAAAGAAGUGAUCAGGGAUGCAUCUGGUGCUCAUAGAAAAAAAGAAUUUGGGGACGAAAGCCAAGACAGAUCUUUAGGGCCUCAUUUGCCUAAUGCAGCUGUUCGGUUGACCUACCAGGAUGAAAUAGAAGUUCAGAAACACAUUAGGAAAGAUUGUACUGCAGAACUGAGCCAGAGAAUCCAGGAAAACAAAAACUUCAUGGACAGUCAGAGCAGCAGUAACAGCAACAGCAGUGACUGUUGGGCCAAUGACAGGUACUCGGUGAGCACGUUCUCCAACUCCUCCAGCCCUCUAGGAGACGACGGGGUGCAAAUCCCAGAGUUCCAGUACAGUGAAUCCUCUCUGUCGCCUCCACUGCACCCGUCAAAGAGGCCCGCCUCAAAUCCCCCACCCGUCAGUAAUCAAGCUACAAAGGGGAAGCGUCCAAAAAAAGGAAUGGCAACUGCAAAGCAAAGACUAGGAAAGAUCCUGAAACUAAACCGGCACAGCCGCUUUUUUGUUUAGGAGCACUGGCAAAAUGAACUGGAAGAGAAAUGCUUGUGUUUCUAGUUUUUCUGUCCCGUGACUGAGAGACACGCAUGUACUGUAGAAUCACUGCCUGAGCAACACAAGUAAUCCCCCUUUACACUACAGGUCCUCUUUGCAGGUGGACCACACAGAUUUGAAGACUUGGCUAUGGACAUGUUAAAAGAAAAAGAAAAAAAAAAUCCUUAUUAUAAAAUUGACCUAAAGUAAGAUCAGAAGCUUCAAAUGCCAGAACAAGUCAUUGUUUAAAAUAUGGAACACAAUGAAUCCGCUCUCAGCCAUUGUUUUUUUUUUUAUUGUUAAUGACACGAUCUGUUUUGCUCGGUAGGCUAUGCAGGCAUAGGCUGAUUUGUUGUAACGACUUCCUUCCCUUGGAACCUGCUGUGAUGAAAUCUAGUUUUUGUUUUUUUAUUUUUUUAUUUGUCACAACUGCAAAAAACAAAAACAAAACAACAAAAGCAGCUGUCCUGACCUGCUGGCUACUGUACAGAGACAUGGAGCAGCUUAUCCAAAGCUCCUUUUGUACAUUUCUGGAUUGCUUCCCAGUGGAGUUCAGUAGUGGCGGUGCUGAGCGUUCUGUGGCCAUGAGGAGGGUGCAGCUUGUGCUGAAGGUGCUUUUUCUUCCUCAAUCCCCUCACCCCCUCCUGCUUAUUGAGCAUUCAUGCCAGCAAUAAGAAAAAGGAAAAAAAAAAAAAA